AUGCUGUUUCUGCUACUUCUGUUGCUAGCUGCUCUAAUCCCAGGCAGUGACAGUGAAAUUGGGUUUGAAGAGCCUGUCUCCUACCAUGUCAUCAGGAUAUCAACCUUUCACAACCAUUCCUGGGUACAUGUGGGCUCAGGCUGGUUGGGGGAGCUGCAGACUCACAGCUGGAACAGCAGCUCUGGUACCUUCAUUUUCCUGUAUCCCUGGUCCAGGGGCAACUUCAGUAACAGGGAGUUGGUGGAUCUGGAAAGGUUUUUCCGAGUACACAUCAUUGAAGUUCAGGAAUUUUUCAUGGAUCACUUGAUGUCUGAAUAUCAAGUUGAUCUGCAGAUGGCAGCAGGCUGUGAWCUSCACUCUGGGAAGGGCUUCAUAAGCUUCGUGCAUGUAGCUAUCCAAGGAUCUGAUUUCAUGAGCUUCCAGAAUAAAACAUGGUCACCAUCUCCCAAGGGUGGAAGAAAGGCCUGGAAAGCCUGCAAAGCACUCAAUCUCAGACAAGGCAGGACAGAGAGGGAUCAUAGACUUCUCAGUGUCACCUGUCCACGUUUUGCCUUGGGUCUUUUUGAUGCGGGGAAGGCUCAUCUCCAGCGACAAGUGAAGCCUAAGGCCUGGCUGUCCAGUGGCCCCAGCCCUGGGCCUGGCCAUCUGCUGCUGGUGUGCCAUGUGUCUGGCUUCUACCCAAAGCCCGUGUGGGUGAUGUGGAUGUGAGGUGAGCAGGAGCAGCAGGGCACUCAGAGAGGUGACAUCCUGCCCAAUGGUGAUGGGACGUGGUAUCUCCGAGUCCCAAUUGCGGGAUCUCUUGCACAUAGCCCUCAGCUCACUCCAGGCGGGAAGCACCCUGGCCACCCCAUGCUCCUGAKCCACUGA